CAAUAUUGUAAUUUUCUAGUAACUGUAUAGAAAAUAGCGGUGAAGAGAGGGAAGCAAAUUUGGGUCCAUGGCCGAUCUCUAGAGAGAGAGAGAAAGAGAAAGAAGAAGAAGAAGAAAUAGCAGAAAGAAAGAUUCAAACUUUGUUGGAAUAUAUUGCUAAUUUUGUGAUUUGGAGAAUUGGGUUUGCUGUUAUAUUGGACAAUUUCGAAUUGUUGUGGAAACUUUUGUGGUAAAUGGAAUUUUAACGUUUCACUAGAAUUGGAAUCUCUUUUGGUUCAUAUUGUGGAUAAGUUUUAUAAGCAAGAUAAACCCAAGAUUUAAUUUUUGUUUUGGUUUCGAAAAUUUGAAGGGUUUGAGGAUUUUAAAGGAAAAAUUAGAUUUUAAAGAUAGUGAUGUUAGAGUGAACAAUGUCAAUGAAUAACAAUAAUCAGGCCAAGGGUGUGGGGGCAGGGUUACCUCCUCAUUUUGGAAAUUCAGGGAUGGUGCCUCAGUCUAUAGCUGUGAAUCAGCAACCCCAUCUUCUGUCUCAGGCACAACAUCAAACACAAGGUGUGUCUCAUUUUCCGGGUCAUUUUCAGCUGUCUGAGCCUCAAGCCCAGGGACUUGUUCAGACUCAAUUUGUGAAUGUUCAAGCACAGGCAAAGGCACAGGGUCAGGGUCAGGGUCAGGCUCAAGCACAGAGUCAGGGUCAGACUCAAGCACAGGCACAAGCUCUCGGUCAAGCUAAGCAAGCCCGAAUUCGAGCAGACUUGGAAGCUCAAGCUCAGGCCCUUGCCCAGUUGCACAAUUCCAUGAAUAGUAAUGCUGGUGUAUCAACACCUUCUGUGGCAACUCCAGGUACUGGAGGUGGAGGUGCCAAGCGAGCUAAUCAAAAGCCACCUUCAAGACCCACAAACUCAUCAAAUGCUAAUACAAGUUCACCAUUUAAAACAAUGGAGCUGACCCCAGCUGCUCGGAGGAAGAAGCGAAAGCUACCUGAUAAACAAAUACCAGAGAAGGUGGCAGACCUUUUGCCCGAGUCUGCGCUUUAUACUCAGUUGCUUGAAUUCGAGGCUCGUGUGGAUGCUGCUUUGACAAGAAAGAAAAUUGACAUCCAGGAGUCGUUCAAAAUAUCUCCACGUUUUCAGAAAACACUCAGAAUGUACGUAUUCAACACUUAUGUAAAUCAGACGCAGCCUAUACCCGAGAACAAUAAUGCAGAACACAAUAAUGCAGAACCUCCUUCUUGGUCACUUAAGAUAGUUGGGAGGCUUUUGGAAGAUGGGAAAGAUCCUGUAGUUGCUGGCAAUGGCAUGACCCCAAAUUUGACUCCAAAGUUUUCUUCCUUUUUCAAGAAAAUAACUAUAUACUUGGACAAUAAUCUUUAUCCAGAUAGCCAUGUAAUUACGUGGGAUAGUGCUCGUUCGCCUGCUCUACACGACGGCUUUGAAGUGAAGCGAAUAGGGAAUAAAGAGUUCACUGCAGCAAUUAGGCUAGAAAUGAAUUACACGCCAGAAAAAUAUAAACUUUCCCCAGCUCUGAAGGAAGUUCUUGGCAUUGAGGCAGAUAGCCGCAUAAGGAUCAUAGCUGCAAUUUGGCAUUAUGUUAAAUCUAGAAAAUUGCAGAGCCCCAGUGACCCUACUUCUUUCAUGUGUGAUCCGCCUCUUCAAAAAGUGUUUGGGGAUGAGAAGAUGAAGUUUACAUCAGUUUCACAAAAGUUAGCACAGCAUUUAACUCCACCACAACCCAUACAUCUGGAACAUAAGAUUAAGCUUUCGGGAACUUGUCCAGUUGGAACUAAUUGCUAUGAUGUGCUGGUUGAUGUGCCUCUUUCUCUGGAUAAAGAAAUGUCUUCAUUCUUGGCACGUACUGAGAAUAAUAAGGAAAUUGAUGCUUGCGAUGAACUGAUAUCUGCGUCUAUAAAGAAGAUUCAUGAACAUAGGAGGCGGCGGGCUUUCUUUCUUAGUUUCAGUCAGUCUCCAGCAGAGUUUAUUAACACUCUGAUAGCUUCUCAGAGCAAAGAUUUAAAGCUUGUUGCUGGAGAUGCCAGUCGAAAUGCAGAGAAGGAGCGGCGUUCUGACUUUUAUAAUCAACCCUGGGUCGAAGACGCUGUUAUUCGUUACUUGAACCGCAAAUCUGCUGGCACUGAUGCUCCUGGAAGCACUUGAAAUAGGAUUGUUGAAUUCUCAGCAACUGAUCACAAACUUAUAGAAUAGGAUUAUUAUACUGAUGUUAACAUCUUUAUUUUAUUUUUUUCUUUGUUGCUGAAUAUUUGAAUACUCAUUAGCUUUUUUAGAAAAAAUUUGAAGUCUCAUCUCCUUGAUUGAGUUGAUGGGGAUAUUAGUUGGGAAGGAGGAAGAGAGUAAAAUUUGAUUAGCUGACUGACUUGACUGUUGGAUUAGCUGUAAUUGGAUGCAGUUAUAUUUGAUUGUAAUAAGAAGAAAACCUUCUAAACAAA